CGGCCCGCCCGAUACUCUUCCCUCACACUUUCACUCCCCGCGACAGCCCGUUGCACCUCUCCAUCCAACUCAGCCCGGUUGUCACUUGCCUGUACCGUACUCUCCUAUCUGUCCAGCAGUGCGUCAUCCCAAGCCUGUUGCCGAGUCCCCCGAGUCUGUGUUCCGUGCGCCCCCCCAAGCCUCGCGAGCCUGCAGUUCUGUUUUUGAUGUCUUGCUCCAUCAUGGCUCAAGCACCGCCCAUCUUUACCCCAGAUAGCGAAUUCGCCGACCUCGCCACACCACGCGGCCCCAACAGCAGUGUUCUGUCUAUAUCUGCACUAGCACGGUUCGAGUUCGAGGCAGGUAAGGGCAAUGAGGGCACAAAGAUCUUGAUGAUCGAGUGGGAGGAUGACGACCUGACUAGAUCUGUGGCGGAGGGGUCGUGGCAUGUCUCAUGGACUGGCAAGACUACUGUCUUGCCCGCUGAUGAUCGGCCCAGUGAUAGCCUUCGCCGGGUCUACUUCUUGCUCCCUCCCCAUGUCACCAUCCCACCAGUCGUUACGCUCACCUAUGAACCUCGACCCUCAGACAAGACUGAGAACGUGCCAGCCCCCCCUCCAAACCCUCGCGAUAUCUUCCAAUUGAACCCCUUGCCGGCGAUUUUCCCUCCAGAGCUGGGUGCGACGGGUCGCUCGGCGGGAAAGAAAGGAGUCCUACAUACAAUCUGGGCGAAGAAGCGCUUGCGCGUCCUGGACCAGGAGAUUCGUGAUGAAUGCUUGAACAAUGCCGAGGGAGUUGCAUUGCACAUGGCAGUCAAAGAAAAGGAGUGGAUUGAGACAAAUUUUGGCGUCACGGCGCGCACUGUUGACGCCGUUGCGAGCAGCCACGACUCGUCGACCUCGAAUUCAAUCUAUCCCACUGGGCCAGCCACACCAGUGUCGCCCAUCAGCGGGAGGAAAUUGACCGACAAGCUGAAAGGACUGAAAUUGCAAACCAGUGAGAGAGAUUUGUCCGCAAAUGAUAACUCAGGCCCAAACUCGGCGCACCUUCUCUCUCCACAGUCGCCUGAUGUCGCCGUUUCUUCAUUCAGCUCAUUCAGCAAUAUUGCCACCGUCCCGGCAAACUCCAUCCCAACUCCGGUGACCAAUCCUACCCCGACUCCAAACUCAGGCACAAACCCUGCAGGCUCUGAGUUGCCCAAGGCUGUUGCACUGCAUCCUCCCGAGUCUUUGCAGGAAUUUCAGCAGAACAGUAGCCCUGGAGGAUUUGCCGCAAUUGGCUCUAUGACUACCAUUGCCCGCACCUCAAGCGCCGAAUCUGGCGAAGAUCUCUUCGCCAAAGCACUGAGCCCGCGCUCUCCAGAUCUACCUCGGAGUCCAUUCUCAUUUGCUUGAAAUUGUCACGUCUGUCUCUUCUUUCCCUCAUUGCUAUGCCCCCCAUCAUUUUAACCUGCACGAUUUGCCUUACCUUAUGAUUCCCCCUCUGCGGUGACGACAUAUACCAUCAUUCUACUCAUCAUUUCUAUGAUGUUCGAGAUACAUUUACGGUUCUGGCCCAUAACCCCCCAUGUCCAUAUUCAUGACCCUUUGCGUCCAUUUUCUCUAGCAUCUUCAUUCUUUCAUAUCAUUUCAUAUCAUUCGUACAGAAAUGCUAUCAUACUGUGCCGUGCCAUCAUGGACCUAUCUGUGUACAUAGAACAAUCUCGAAUCCUCCGUCUUCAAGACGUUACUUCUUUUCUUAUUGCUUGUAUACCAAACAAGCGAACGGUUUUCCUUUCGCUACGGAUUCGUAUUGUAUAAAUUCCUAUGCCAUGGGCGGGAAAUCUUCCGUACGCACCCACAUGGGACAAGGUAGAAACCGCCAACCACCUCCCGAUACCCCCAAGAUUGUAUCGAACAACACAAAAACAAGAGCAAGGGAACAAGAAAGAAAAAAGAACACUAGCAAAGGCUAGUUACCCUUCUUGCGCUGGCUACCCUGACGACCAGGCUUACCAGUCGACGAACCGGAAGCACUGGCCGAAGUAGCAGCCUCACCCUCAUCCUUCUUCUUGCCGACCGCAAGCGACUCAUACUCCUGCGCAUCCUUCCGCUCCGCAUACCACUGACCAGCCUGCAGGACCAAAAUGCCGACCAACACCAGCGCCAGAAUCGUAUUACUAGCAGCAAGGACCUUCAGCGAGUCCUCGCGACCAAGAAUCUGAUCCUUAUCCUCGGGGCUCGUCGCCAGCUCGGCGCCGUACUGGCCGGCCGAGGCGAGACGCAGACCCUUGACGAUAUUGGCAAUGUAGACGGUGAUACCGCACAUGUAGAGAACCAGGGAGGCGCCGUCGAAGAGCAUGUUUGAUUCGGAAGGGCGGUAGAGCUUGGUAAUUAGGCCGGCGAGACCGAGGAAGAUGACGAUGUGGAGGAUGCGCGGGAUGAGCGGGGGCGAGGCAUGGAGGAAGCGGAGGUGUGCUUCGAAGUAAUCAAAGUGUGAGGCCGGGGUUGGGGUCGUGGACCACAGGAUUGGGUAGUCGUAGGGGAACAUGGAGAAGAUGAUGCCCAGGAAGAAAC